AAAAGAAAUGGUCUAUAAAAGCAAAGCCAGAGCGUGUCCCGGAAGCAUCCAUUCACUUCAGUCUUCGGUCUUCAGUGCCCAUUUUCCAAUUCAUUUCCAUCGUUUCCGCUUUCCUUCCAGCUUCUCGGUGGUUCUUAGGUAAAAAUUUCCUGCCUUCAUGGCCCAAGAAACCUGUUCUUCUUCAUCCUCAUCCAACCAACCAUGGAGUUACGAUGUCUUUGUCAGUUUCCGGGGCAAAGAUACCCGCUAUAAGUUUAUCGACCACCUAUUUGCCGCGUUGGACCGGAGCGGGAUUCACAGUUUUGAAGAUAACAGAAAGCUUGAGAGAGGGAAAGAUAUCUGGACCGAGCUAGAGAAGGCAAUACAGAAGUCCAGGAUUGCUGUUAUAGUCUUUUCGGAAAACUAUGCUGAUUCGAGAUGGUGUCUCGAAGAGCUGGGGAAGAUCAUGGAAUGCAAACGGAAUCUGCCACAAAUUGUGCUGCCCGUUUUCUACGAGGUUGAUCCUUCCCACCUUCGAAAUCAGAAGGGGAGUUUAGAGAAAGCGUUUGUCAGGCAUGAGGAGCGUUUUGGGGUAGGCAAGGUGGACAGGUGGAGGGCUGCUUUGGCUGAGGCUGCAAGCUUGUCUGGCUGGGACUCGCAAAAUCCUGCACAUCGUUGUGAGUCAAAAUUUACAGAAGAAAUUAUUGAAGACAUUGUCAGCAAACUAAAUGUGAAGACACACCUUACUGUUGCACCCUAUCCAGUUGGGAUUGAGUCUCGAGUGCAGGAACUCAAUAAGCUGUUAAGUAGUAGUUCAAGUGAAGUUUGCAUGGUUGGAAUUUGGGGGAUUGGCGGCAUUGGCAAAACAACAAUUGCCAAAGCUAUAUAUAACCAACUACAAAGAAACUUUGAUGGAAGUUGCUUUCUUGCAAAUGUAGGAGGAGAUUCUAAGCACCCAGAAGGUCUGAUUCAUUUACAGGAGAAAAUUCUCUCCAGCAUCCAUGCAAAGGACAAUAUAAAAAUAACACUUGUUGAUCAAGGAACUACGGUUUUGAAAGAUAGAGCAUGGUGUAAUAGGGUUCUUCUUGUUCUUGAUAAUGUGGAUCACCAAGACCAAUUAGAUAAACUGGCCAUUAGGCGAAGUUAUUUUCAACCAGGAAGUAUGAUUAUCAUUACAACAAGAGAUAAGUCUAUGCUCAAAUUGGCUAAGGUGGAUGAGUCUAAGAUAUAUAUGCCACCGACAUUGGAUUACCAUGAGUCUAUUAAGCUCUUCAGUUGGCAUGCAUUUGAAAAAGACCAUCCUAAUAAAGAUCAUGCAGAGUUGUCAGAGCAAGUAAUCGGUUAUGCUGGAGGGCUUCCAUUGGUACUUACAGUUUUGGGUUCCAAUUUGUCUGACAAGAGCAUAGAUGAAUGGGAAUGUACAUUGAAAACAUUAAAAGGAAUACCUGACAAAGAAAUUCAAGAGAAGCUUAUGGUGAGUUUUAAUUCACUAUGUGACACACAGAAAGAGUUGUUUCUAGAUCUUGCAUGCUUCAUGGUUGGAAUGAAAGAAACGUAUGCUUUCAAAAUACUCCAAGACUCAUAUUCAGGCCUUAUAAGUGAUCUAUCGGUUUUGGUCCGUCAAUGUCUUGUAGCAAUUGAUUGCUCAAACCGGUUGACAAUGCAUGAUAUGAUUAGAGACAUGGGUAGAGAAGUUGCCCGCAGAGAAUGCAGCCGACUAUGGAAUCGUGAGGAUGUCCUUGAUGUAUUGGAACAUGACGAGGAAAGAAAAGUAGUUAAAGGCAUCAUGCUAAAUUGUCCUGGGGUUCACAAUUUGCAAGUUGAUGCCAAAGCCUUUUCGAAGAUGCAUCAGCUAAGAGUGCUUCAACUAAAUUAUGCACGCUUGAAGGGGAAUUUCCAAUGUCCUUCCAAGAAGCUAAGAUAUCUAGAAUGGUAUGGGUUCCCCAUGGAAUCCGUACCAGCAGACUUGUACUUGGAAAAUCUUGUUGCUCUUUACAUGCCCUAUAGUAGCUUGAUAGAACUUUGGACAGGAACCAAGAUUCUGAAAAAGUUGAAAUUUCUUGAUGUUAGUCAUUCCUAUCACCUAAGGAGAACACCAGAUUUCUCAGGCAUAGAUAAUCUGGAGGUGUUGCUUCUUAAUAAUUGUACUAAUUUGGUCGAGGUUCACGAGUCUGUUAUAGAUCUCAGCAAGCUAGUUACUUUGGAUCUUAAAGACUGUAAAAACCUUUGGAAGCUUCCCCUAGGUAUUUACAAUUUAGAGUUUUGUGUAAACCUUUCUGGCUGCACAAAGCUAGACAUGGUACCGAGCUUUGGAUUCAAAUCGCCAUUAACAACAUGUUAUUCACUCCGUAUAUCUUCUGAAGUUCCAUUGGGAAGUGUCGGUUUUAUCAGAAAGCUUUUAACGCACCGCACAUCUUCUGAAGUUCCAUUGGGAAGUGUCUGUUUUAACAGAAAGCUUUUCCCCCAGAAGGAUUUCACCAAUAAUGGUGGUGUUCAGGGGAAGCGAAGGCACUUGGAGAGUGCAGUAACUCAUCUUCCUUUUCUUUUACCACCACUGGAACUUCAAUGCUGUGAAAUUCUCUGUCAGCUUACCUUGAAAAUUUGUCAGGUUCCGCCAGAGCUUCUAUCAAAUGAUAGAAUAUUCAGCCUGAUUGAUUUUAUAUUGAAUAGAAUGCACGAAGAGUUUCAUCUCCCAGCUGAUAUUGACCUUUCCAGGAGUCUUCCUCUACCAAUUAAAGACAUUGUUAAGGUGUGCUUAUCCCUGCAAAGCUCGGUAGGAUUUAAAAUUGUUAGAAGAGGUCAAAGUGUAGUUUUUUAUCUUCGUAUUGUCUCCAGGGGAGUAAAAGGUGCGAAUGAAGUCCCAGAGGAACUUGAUCGUUGGAAUUCGCUUACUAGUAAAAUCUAUCGAAGUCGUAUGCUUACACUCAGUUUCCCUAAUCAACUCCCGAGGCUUGAUUUGAGCUUAUGCAGAAGAUUUCAAUCGAUUGAAGUCCCAGAGGAACUUGAUCGUUUGGGUUCGCUUACUAGUAAAAUCUAUCCAAGUCAUUUGCAAGUUACAUUCAAUUUCCUUAACCAACUCACGAGUCUUGAUUUGAGCCUAUGCGGAAGAUUUCAAUCACUUGAUGAGCUUCCAACAGGUUUAAAAGCGAUGGAUGCAAGCAACACCACGUCCCUUGUAUGGAUUUUUACUGGACUAAAUUGGGAACUAUCAAAACAGCUGCAAUGUUUUGGCUGCUCCAAAGUGCUCAAGAAGAAUCGUACUAGUAACCCAAAAAACAAGCUUCUCAAUGAAUUGAUUGCAACCGAUAGUUUUAGUGUUUUCCGCCCUGGGGGUGAGUUUCCAGACUGGUUUGACGCCCUGGUGCCGGUGGUGAGUAAGGGAUCAAUUUUAUCUUUUGUUGUGCCCUCACUAGUGAAGCAAGAGAUUCGAGGAUGGUUUCUAUGUGCUGUAUUUGCAAGCAGCUUUCAUGAUAUUCACGGAUUCACUGUUUCCUAUAAAUUCAAAAAUAGAACCAAGGGCAUUGAGUGGCAGUGUCAACAAAAAAAUAGUCGUGUAAUACCAUGUCAAGAACAUAUGUGGUUGCAAUUUGUACCGCUACAUCAUAUGCCACAUCUGUUGGAAGCCGGAGAUGAAGUGGAAUAUUCAAUACGCAUAAGCGGUGGUUUCCAAGUGAAGAAGUUUGGGGUCAACCUAAUUAAUGAGAAUGAUAAGAAGGAUUGCCACUCCUAUUUUGAAGCAAUGGUCAAGAAUGCAUCACUUCCUUAUAAGGAUGAUUUUUUAGAUGAAGAUGUUUCAACAGAUCAACCAAUGGCUGGUGAUAAGAAAAUCAAUCCUUCUGAUUUACAGAAGUCUAGAUUUGAUGAUAAGAAAAAAGGGAUUGCCACCUCUUUAGAUGCAUCUAAGCGUGGAUGCUUGUCAGCUCGAGUGACAACCCAACAGCAGUGGGACGAGGAGCUUGCUGCUCAUUUACAGGAUAAGGAGGAUGUCUCAAUUGCACAGCAUUGUGAGCUGACCGCUACGAUUUUGGAGGAUCCGACCGUUGUUCCUGAGGACCACAGUGCUCUUGUGGAGGCUGAGGAUGGAUUUUCCGAAGGUGAUAGGGAACGCAGUUGGAGCGACUUCCAUGAAAAUCAGCCAGGGACUACGGUUUUUGAGGGCGGGGCUCCCUUUGAGCUGAACAUGUACUCAUCAGGUAUUCCAAGAGUGAACUUUGUGAGCCUAACUAAGCCACUAAGAAGUCUGGAGGCUGAGCGGAUGUCAUGGGAGGUAGAGCGCCAGAUUCUGCACCAUCAGAAUGCUGCUUUGGAGAGAGAGAAUUUUCGCCUUCGUAUGGAAUUAGCAAAUGCCAUGCAAUUUGCUCCUCAACUCCACAUGGGUCUUCCCCGUCCACACUUGGCAUUCGAGAGGGCUUCUUCUUCAGCAUCAGCCUCUAUUCAACCUACAAUUGCAGCCACUACUCCUGUGGCUUCGACGAGAACAAACACUCUUGGUUUGGAUUAUCCUAAUUUCCUUGCCAGACCAGUUCUUGGCUUCCAAAGCGUCAAUAACCCAUCAGGAUCUUCUCCACCUGAUGGAGGCUCUCACCUCCCACAAUAGGCAUGCCUUUUUCCUUUGGCAAGUUGAGGGUUUUAUUAUUAUUAUUAACUUGUACAUUGACCUGAAGUAUAUAUAGAAAUGUU